UUUGAAUAGUCGUUGUCGUGGGUAAUGAUCGGUCGUUUAGCGCUAUCUACGCUCGCUCAACUAUUGACCUGUUCCAAAUUUGUUUUUUCCUUCCCGAAUAUUCAAUUCUAUAAAUUGUGAAAUUCAAAAUAAAGUUGUAUAAGAGAAAUCUCUGCUAAAAAGGUGUAGUGAACCAAGGUGCCUAUUGGGUAAAUUAAGGUGUAGUGUUUUUAGUGUUGACAGAGACAACAAAUACCAGAAGCAAGUGAAAAAAGGAAUAAAAUAAUAACAAGUUACUAAUUCAAAUCGAAAUUGUCGGAAAUUUUUAAAAAUAUUUUUUGUCUGUUAUAAAAAGGUUGCAACAAAACCAUGUACCCCAACCAGAAUUCGUGGCUAACCUUCGUCGAAGAAGCGUACUCCCUCUUCGACGAUAAUUCUGAUAAAUUGUUGGAUAACCUAUGUACCGAGUGUCUAGAGUAUGAGUGUGAACAUCGCAGCAAUAGCAACAAUGAGCAAGCAACAACACAAGAAAAUUUACAUAAACAACAAUUGGAAUUCGCAGCAGAAAAUUCGACGCAAUUACAUGAUAAAUCGUUGUAUACCAAUACGGAUUCUAAUCAGUACUAUGCACGUGUGCCGUCGGAACUACAACAACAUGAGCAACAUGUAACUUUUGCUGAUUUCGGAUUUCGCAGCACUUGCGCUGACGCUGACGGCAAUGGUGGCGGGUGCCACAAAGGCGAUUGCGCUUUGGAGCAACAUCAGCAGCAGCCUCAAAGGAUGGCGCAACACAAUCUCCAGCAACAUCAGCCGCAAACAAUGAAGCAGCAUAGUCUCCAUCAACAACAAUCACUGCAGCAACGCAAUUAUGGCUAUCAACGUGAGGACCAAACGUACGGCGUCACGGUUCAUCCGCCACGUAAUUAUCCAGCACUCGAGGUAGUUCCAGGCAUAACGUACUCAAUCAAUCAAACUCUGCCACAAAAUUCAUACCACAACAAUCAUCAACAACGACAACAGCUGCCAAUCCAGCAGCAGCAGCCGCCAUCAUCAAUGCGGCAACAUCAGCUGCCCAUCCAACAACAGCAACUUCAUAUGCCGCAAUUUCAGCAACAACAAUACUCGUUGCCACAGCAACAACUGCAGCCGGUGAAAAAUUUCACGCCGCAGCCACAACAGUUCGUUCAGAAUCCAUAUCAACCCAACCAACUGUUACAAAGGCCGAUAGGCUAUCAACCAUCGCUAUAUCAUCAACCGCUAUACCAACAAAAAAAUAUGAACACACAUGUCAAUUACCCACAAAUGCCACCGGUGCAGCAGCCUGCCUAUCCCGUGCAAAACUACAGAAAUGGUGGUUAUCCGGCGCCAAUUGCGGAGCGUUCUGCGGCUUGCUGCCAGCAGGCACCGAUCAAUGCGAGCGGUGUAAAUGUUCAGCGGCUGUUGGGGCAUGCGCCUUGUCGCGGUAAUACUCCGUGGUCAUAUUCAUAUUGCUAUGGUGAUACCCAAAACAAUUAUGAACCUUGUCACUUCAUCAACUGCGUGGACAUUGAGGACUUUCUAAACAAUGAAAAGCGUAAGGAAAAAUCACGUGAUGCGGCCAGAUGCCGGCGUUCACGCGAAACGGAGAUUUUUAGCGAAUUGGCACAAAUUUUGCCACUGCGCAAAGACGACGUCAACCAAUUGGACAAAGCAUCUAUAAUGCGUAUUGCUAUAGCUUUUCUGAAAGUACGCGAAAUGCUAGAGCUGUUCCCAAAAAUUCAAGAUCUUCUUGGCGAUAUUAAAUUGGACAAUAAUAUUGAUGAAAACUCCAAUAGUUCAACUCAAAUGUCCAUUUCAUCAACGGAAAACUCCGAUGGAAAAUUUGAUUUGCUCAAAUGUGCCGAGGCAACACAAUUCAUCAAACAGACCUUGGAUGGCUUUCUGAUUAUCCUCUCCAACGAUGGCGAUAUUACCUAUGUUUCAGACAACAUAACUGAUUAUUUAGGCUUGGCAAAGAUUGACAUACUUGGUCAGCAAAUUUGGGAGUACAGUCACCAAUGUGAUCAUGCCGAACUCAAAGAGGCGCUAAACAUCAAACGCAAGGGUCUGCCCGAUAAGAUUAAAGAUGAGAAUAUGAUAGAAGAAGGCAUUUCGACCGAGCAUCGUGAUCUUUUUGUGCGUCUCAAGUGCACAUUGACCAGUCGUGGACGUAGUAUCAAUAUUAAAAGCGCUUCGUACAAGGUUAUUCACAUAACUGGUCACUUGGUAGUUAACAUGAAAGAUGAUCGUGUACUGGUCGCCAUUGGUCGGCCAAUACCGCAUCCCUCCAACAUAGAAAUUCCAUUGGGCAGUACAACAUUCUUGACAAAACACUCCUUGGAUAUGAAAUUUACAUAUGUGGAUGAGAAAAUGCAAAAUCUCUUCGGUUACAAGGCCGAAGAUCUACUUGACCAAUCACUGUUUGCCUGUCAUCAUGGCGGUGAUUCGAACAGGCUAAUGGCAACAUUCAAAACCGAAAUAAUGCAAAUGGAAGGACCGCCGAAGUUUUUUUAAGUCACCAAUAAACUCGUAGGUUUACCUUGUUUAUCUGGCGAUGAUCGGUUUUAAAGAAAUCGUUACCUGGAAUGAUAAUUUAUUGUUUAGUCGUCAUAAAAAACUUUACAUUUUGUAUCUAUGUCUACAUAGAAAUCGGGAUUGGCUCAAAUGUUUAAUUAAAGCAAAGUU